UGUGACAGUUUUGGUAUGUAAGCAAUAUAUUGUUCAGCUAUACUUUGCUGUACUUUUCUAUUUACAAUGAAUGAAUGCAAUACACCAAUGAGUUUGGGCCACGACUUUUAGGAGCCAUUUACGUCUUUUUUCCUGUCUAAAGUUUUUGAUUCUCCCAUUAAGUUUAUCAAAAUAUAUUUUGAAUUUAUACAUGAGAGUGAAUUUCCCUCAUUGUAAGUUGUUACGAAGCAAGGAACACACGUCUACUUUUUUUCAAUUCGCGAGUGUAUUGCGCUAUCGUUUAUUGUGGCUACAUAGUACAUACAUUAUUUAGCUUGAAUUUUUUAAACAUUUUGGUAUAUAUUGAUAAGCCGUGCGUAUUUAAGAUCAAAACCUGAAAAUAUUGUUUAUCUUUCUGAACAAUUACUUUUCAUGCGGGUUUAAUAUUGAAGAUGUACAUAGUCAAAAAGAACUGACAUACAUGAUCACGAAUGAUCUUUUUAUAUAACGUAAAAAAUUGCCAAAGAGUGAAAGAUCUAAAAUAAAAAAGAGCGUAUUAGUGCCUCUCAAUUUGGUCGACAAACUGUGCGCUACACCUUACAUUUCCAAUUCUCCCACUAUACACACGCGCAAGACAAAGAGUAUUGGGACGUGCGUUUGGGAGUGGGGACAUACGUCUAUCUCUCUCUCGCCUUCACGCUUGAUGCGAACUCGGUUUGAACGAUACGUAGCGUGUGCGUUGAAACAGACCCCUUCCACAACCAUCAGUUGACUCCUACUUGUCUUGACACGCAUAGGUAUUCUCAGUUAGCUCAGUGUUCUGUCAAUCAGUGUUUUGCUUCAAUCGAAUAUAAUAACAAAAGUGAAUAACGCGACACGUGCUUUUCUGAAAUUUUGAUCUGAAAAUAAGUAGUAGACAUACAUUUUUUCUUUAACAAAUCAAUCGUGAUAUCUACUAAGAGAGAAUAUUUUCUGUUCGCGAAAAUAUAUUCACGUGACUCGUGCAAAAAUCGUGUGUACUUUUACGACUAACAUUUGGCGAUUAUAGCAGCAAAUAGUUUUUCAUUUGGCGAGUCAAUAGGACGAUCUACAAAAAUAUUUGAGUUUCAUAAAGGGAACUAAAAAAGAUGGAAGUUUUACCCGGCAAACACGCAAAUACAAUAAUAUAUUAUUACAAGGGAUACUUAUACCACAGAGAUAAUAGAUCUGGGACUAUUUUCCGUUGCGCGCGGAGGCAAAAAGACGAUUGUGAUGCACGUCUGUACGUACAACAUCGAAACGAUAUUUUUCGUGAAGAAGCAAUAUGUCAAGCCGGGGUUCACUUCUGUCAAAAGAUGGAUGUCUAUGUACUCAGGCUCAAGUUUAUAAAAGAACUUGAAGAAUUGGCAGGAAGUUCAUAUGACGGCUUGAAGGAGAUUUAUGAUAGAUUGAAAUGUAAAGAGAUGUACACCCCGCUCCAAAAUCUGCGGAAUGUGAGGUUUGAUCUAUUUAAGCAAAAGAUGCUCAAGGCUCGCCGUGAAUUCGUCCCGAAAACGCCUGACACGUUGUUGGAGUUAGGGCAACUACUCAUGGAUUACCCUCCUUUACGAUCAUUCUAUAAAGGACAAGCUACAGCUGAUGAUGGUUCGGUAGCACAAAUUUUCAUUAACGAUGAUAUGUUAGCUCCUUUGAAUAAAAUUACCGAAAUAUUUUGUGACGGAACUUUUAAGAUUCGUUGUAAACAACCCAAGUGUGCCCAAAUUUUCACGUUGCAUUUCCGAAAAGUCGAUAUGGGAUUUCCAAGUAUAAUCUGCAUUACAUCAUCGAUGACGACUUCAAUGUACGACGCGAUAUGGAAGAAGUUGUUUGAAAUAAUUCCCGAUUUACAAAGAAAUAUACAAACGAUUCAUAUGGACUUUGAACGGGCACAAAUCAAAUCUGCUAAGAAGCAUUUUCCUAGUCCAAAACGAGUUAGUGGAUGUUUGUUUCAUUACAAACAAGCAAUCGCUAAAAAAUGGAGUCGAUUAAGAGUUCCUACUAAUUACAACUAUAUACUAGAAUAUACGUAUGCUUUAGCACACUUGCCUGCCCAUUUAAUCGGCGAAGGUAUGAAUGAAAUCACCAGUCUGAUAGAUAACUUAUCAGAAAAUUUACCAGAGCGUGUCAAACUGCAUAACUUCGCAUCCUAUUUGAGGAGAUUUUGGCUUCCUUUGGCCAAAGUUUUCUCUGUUUAUGGACAACCCUUCCGAACUAAUAAUACUUGUGAAAAUUUUCACUACCAUGCAACUAAAUUAUUAGGAGCUCAACCUAGGGUGUGGAAAUUAUUACAUGUACUUGAAAAAAUGAUGAAAAGCUAUGCGAUUGAUUAUGGAAAAGUGGCGAAAGGAGGACGUAUUCGAUCACUUAAUCUACCUGCCAACGAGCGUACUCUCGACCUACAAAUAAUUCAAGCUGAAGAAGAUUUGGCUAUCGAGAGAUAUACCGUAAGAGAAUUUUUAGGAUAUAUUGCAUCUUUGAGAAGAUUAGAUGUUGCGAGAACUAAUUUAUACUACGCUCAGCUACAGUGGUGUGGAAGAAACCGUGUUGUAGGUCGCCCGGAUCCAGAAGAAGAAGAGGAAGAAGAAGAAGAGGAGAUCGAAGAAAUAACUCAAACAGACAUACAAUAUAUUCAAGAAAAUUUGAAUGCCGAUAGUGGGCCAGGAGGUACUUUUGAAAUUGAAGUGGCUGAGAGAAGAGCAAGGAGAACACAAAUGAUUCGUAUUAGUCAAAAUAUGUCUGAUCCAAAUGAUAAUGCUCCAAAUCAACCGUCGACUGAGCAACAGUCAAUACCAGCAGGUAGAAUAGGGCGAGCUCGUACGAACGCGUCAAUUGCUCCCAGCGCGAAUAUAGAACAAAAUGAAGCAGCUCGUGAGCAAGAGCAAGUACCGGCUCGUAGACGAGGACGACCACGUAGGAACGUGUCAGUCGCUCCCAGCGAGAAUGUAGAAGAAAAUGAAGCAGCUGCUGAGCAAGAGCAAGUACCAGCUCGUAGACGAGGGCGACCACGUACAAACACGUCAGCCGCUUCCAGCGUCAAUUUAGUACAAAAUGAAGCAGCUGGUGAGCAACAACAAGUACCGGUUCGUAGACGAGGGCGACCUCGUACGAGCGCGUCAGCCGCUUCCAGCGUCAACGUAGAACAAAAUGAAGCAGCUGGUGAGCAAGCGCCAGUGCCAACUCGUAGAAGAGGGCGACCACGUACGAACGUGUCAGCCGCUUCCAGCGUAAGUGUAGAUCAAAAUGAACCAACUGGUGAACAACUACCAGUACCGGCUCGCAGAAGAGGGCAACAACCUCAUGUAAACCUCAUUGAUGCUCUUGAAGCUUCUACGGAUGAGGAAAAUGAUGAUGACCCAAGAAUAACGUCUACUGAUCACAAUAGUACUGAUGAAAAUAUCGGAGCCAUGGAUAACAUAGAGUCAAUUGAUAUUAAUGACAUUUUAACUACCGACGAGUCAGCAUUCAAUGCUUCAACUAUGCAGGCACCUUCUAUGUUGGAUCAAGAGAUGAAUGAAGUUGGAAAUGAGCGAAUUGAAAAUUUGGACCUGCAAAAUCAAAAUGAUGUUCGUUUUGGUGAACAAGAAGCAAAUACUUCUCCCAUCGCAUCAGCACUUGUUCUUGUCAACGCUAACGCAAUUAACACCAGGGAGGCAAAAAAUGACGACGAUUCAGGAAUCCCACGUAAAAAAAGGAGGCGCAAUCCGAGAAAAAAGUGUCAGCUACUAAGUUGCGAAGCAAAGUUUCGCGUCAGAAAGCUCGACUGUGGGCAUCGGUACUGUGUACCAUGCAUUCGAAAUUUUAUUUCGCGUUUUUGCCCACAAUGUCGAGAACCAAUUGGUAAUUAUCUUCCACCAGAACACAUGGGAGGAGAAAGAUGGGAAUUGGGAGAAGAUCAGCAAUUGGACAGAGAAUUCGCUCAUCAGGCUACUCGUGAGCGUAUAGAUCUCAUCAAUUCCACAAGGAGGCUUGGAAUUGACAUCGAAGAUUUAUAUCAAUAAUUUUUUAAAUGUUACAAUAAAAAAAAUGUUUGUAAAAUGUUAAAAGAAAAAAAUAGUAAAAAAAAUUAAAAAAUGUUUUAUUAUGUUAUAUUAUAUAACAAUAGUACUGUUUAUUAUGUGCCAAAUAAACUUUAUUUUUAAUAUGUAACUAACAAUAACAUGUUCAUGACUUUUCUCUCCCACAUAUUAGAGCUCAAACUUAAAAUUAAUCUUUUAGUAUUAAUAUAAUUAGAUGGAGAAGUCUUACGCGUUGCUCAUAUUUUACUUUGCUACAUAUAACCUUUUUUUUUCAUAGAAAGUCUUUAAGUUCGUGCCAAUGAUUAAUCCAGAUAUAAUACGAAUGAAACUGCUUCUCAUCAUUUUUUAAGUGAAAAAAAUUUAUUUAGAUAUUUUUUAUACUCAUUUUACUCACUAAAUUUAAAAAAUGUCUCCAUUGUUAGUAAAACCCUUUUAUCCAAAAGUUUGGCUGAAAAUUGUAAUGUUUCUAAAAAUAAAUCAGAAUUCUCUUUGCGCGAUUCCAGCAUCAUUCAUAACAUGUUCAUUAUCGAGAAAAAUCCAUCUAUUUUAACAGCAAUUAAAAUAUAUGACACUGGUCGAGUUCUAUUUAGAUAAGUCUCGAUACAGCCUUGUGCACAACAUAUAUGGGCACCUGUAAAAUUUCAUAUUCCACGUAUA